UAACCCUACUCUAUACCGUAUUCUUCUAUACAUAAACAAUGGCCCGUUAUUUCCGCGAGCAAGAUAUUGACGAGUAUAGAGAAUGUUUCUAUCUGUAUGCAAGGUCCGGUACAGUGUCUACAAUGGACCAACUAACCGUCAUUAUGAGAUCCCUGGGCAUGUCCCCGACUAUCCCUGAGCUGAAGGUGUACAUGAGGGAGAAGAACGGGAAGAUUGCGUUCUCCGAUUUCUUGGAGAUCAUGCAUACACACAGUAAAAAGGAGAAUAUACCGAAGGAGUUAAUACAAGCUUUCAAGAACAUGGAUACUCAGAGAAAAGGAACUAUUCCUGCUAGAGAUUUAUGGAACAUACUUGUCAAGUGGGGAGAGAAGCUUAGUCCUAAAGAAGGUGGAUUAUUAUUAUUAUAA